AUGCAUCCGUCAUCAAAUGCUAGUCUGAUCAAUUCGUCAUCAUCAGAAUUAUGUCCUACUGGCUCUCAUGUGAAUUGUGCUCUUCGAUAUGAAAUGAUGGCGUAUAUAUCUCGAGUGAACUAUUACAUGUUAAUUAUUAAUUCAAUUAUUGCUCUCGGUGGUAUACUAGGGAAUAUAUUAGCAUUGAUCGUUAUUAAUAGAAAACCGUUGAAAAAUACAUCAUCGAGUGUAUUUAUUACUUAUUUGGCAUUAUUUGAUAUAUCAGUGUUAGCUGUGCAUAUGUUUACUCUCUUUAUGGGACAUUUUCGUCUUCGCAAUUUGCUUCUAUAUUGUGUUAUUAUAUUUACAACUGAUUUAGUCACAUUUUGCGGUAUUUGGAUACUCGUCAUUAUUACAUUAGGUAAGAGAACAUUUGAUAAUGCGUAAGUGAUGUUAAACUGAACUAAAUAAAUUUUGUUUCAAAACCGCUUUUUUGUUGCAAGCAGAAAAACUUAAGCCUUGGAAACUUGAACUGGCUCUACUACGCGCGCAGUCCUUGAGACUGCCUUUCUGUAACUUCUCUCUCAACACAGAUGAGAAUAUAUAUGUCAGACAUCACCGAAAUAAUUCGAUGCUUCUAUCUUCAUUGGCGGUCACCCAUCCAUUUACUAAUCGUCAUCCUAACGUUUAACCAGAGAAAAGACAAAUUCAUAGGCACAAUUGCCAUAUGAGUCAUGGGAGUUUAGUGCGAUUAGCAAUACCCUAGGGAAACUUGUUGUACCCAAGAUCAUGGGUUAUAAAAUGUCACAAGAUCUUGAAUGAAAAAUUUUCUUUACAUUUUGAUUUCAUUUAUGACCGUCAUAGCCGUCGG